AAUAAGCCUUUGGUUUGGUCUGGUGUGGGUCGAAUCGAAUUGAAAGCAGGGCAAGCAGUGGAGGAGCUAAACCCUUUGCACUAUACAGCAGCUGAGUGAUAAAAAGACGAUGACAUUCGUUGACGAGCUGGACCUGUCGGACGCGGACCUGGAGUUGGACCUGGCGCCAUCGGUUCCAGUGAAGAAGGUCCCAAACGGCGACGUUUUCGAGGCGUCCCGCGCCGGCGACGUGGAGCGCCUCCGCUACCUGCUGGAGGCCGGCGUCAACGUCAACGCGCGGGACCAGUGGGACUCCGUCGCUCUCUACUACGCCUGCCUCGUCGGCCACCUCGACGCCGCCCGCAUGCUCCUCGAGAACGGCGCCAUCUGCUCCGAACACACCUUCGACGGCGACCGCUGCCACUACGCCGCCCUCAAUUUGAAGGUCCGCAAACUCCUCAAGGCCUUCGAGGCCCGCCCUCCGCCCCUCGACCCCCUGCAGUCCUCUUUGCGCGACACCUUCCUCGCCGGUAUUUCAUCCACCCAGGGGUCCAUUUGCAGUCACUUCCCUCCAGAUGUAGUUUUUAUUGUACAAGGAAGACCUAUUCAAGCUCACAGAGUCAUAUUAAGUGCAAGGUCACCAUUUUUCAAGAAAAAGUUUGCAACUGAUUGGAAGGAGCGCAGUGAAGUAAGAUUCUCAAGGGAAAGGUUGUCAUAUCCUGCACUUUAUAGCCUUAUACACUUCUUUUAUUCAGACAGAUUAGAGAUUGCUGUUGAUGACAUGGAGGAUCUUGUGAGAAUCUGCAAAGUAUGCAAAUGUGAAUCACUGCAGAAAUUUCUCGAGAAAGAAGUGAUUCAUCAAACAUAUGCAGAUUAUAAAGCACUGAGAGAUGUAGAUAAUUCCCAGAAACGGUAUAUUUUACAAGGUCUAUCCCUUCCUGAAGAAGACAGGCUUCCUGCAGCCUUGCAUCGAAUCCUUCUGAUUGCCCUUGCGAAUUCAACCCAUGAAAGUGGUCAAGAAGAUGAAAUUGAUAAAUUGAUAUCUAGGAUGAGUGCCAUGCAGAUGGCUAAAUCUCUGGAUGAUCUUGCUGAUGUUUGUGUAAAAGUAGAUAGAAAAAUUUUUCGCUGUCACCAAGUUAUUCUAGCAUCUAGGUCAGAAUAUUUCAAAGCAAGAUUAUCACAUAUGAAGGACUUUCAUGAAGGGAAAGAUGAGUUAUCUGUUGACAUCCUUCCUUGUCUUGAAGAACAUGACUUGAGCAUGGAAGCUUUUGAGAAAAUGAUUGAGUAUAUGUACACUGAUCGUUUGCAGGACAUAAAUCCAGAUCAGGCUGAGGAAAUGUUGGAUGUUGCUUCUAGAUAUUUAUUGUUUCCUCUCAAGCGGGCAGUGGCUGAUGUCUUGUUGCCACACUUGGAAUUGGUGUCACCUGAAGAACUUUGCCAUUGGUUAAUACUAGCAGACAUGUAUGGUGUUAUCAAGAUUCGGGAAUAUUGUCUGGACACCAUCGCUUGUAAUUUUGAAACAUUUGCUGAUACUAAAGAAUUCCGAGCAAUGUUGUUGACUUUGCCUCCACCAUCUGGAGACUCAAGUCUUCGUACCACUGUCCCGAGCAUUCCUGGAUCUGCUCUAAAUACUGAUCAAGGAAAUCUUCUUGAUGAUUUACGUGAGAAAUGGCUUGAAAUCGAAGCUGCUGAGCUUGACAAGAGAGAUGAGAGUGCUUUGCAAUUUGACAAGCGACUAGAGAUGCUUAUGCUUGUUGCAGAGCAAGAAAAAUCAACAGACAGUGCUGAUUCAGAUGGUUUUGAUGACACCCUUGGCUUUCUUCCCAAUCACCACUCUGAUUUAAGAUUGAAUCUGCCAGAGGAGUAUCCUUGAGUUGUUUUCUUGGAGGUCUCAAGAUGGAUGUAUAGAAGAUGGUCCACAUAUUUCAAUUAUCUACAGUUCGAAGAGCUUGUCUUAGCAAGAAUGUAUGAGGCUACUAAACCCCAUAGGUUCAGACCAAUGUACAAGGCAAAGUCCAAAAAAGGGUAUUGGGACCUGGUCCUAAGGUACCUCCAUGACUCUGGUGGCAUUUGUGAAUUCCAAACCAAGGCCAACAAGAAGUUUGACUCCUACUUACAUGUUAGAGAGGAGGUCCAAAGGGCUUUGUUAUUUCUGUGAUGAACCAUAUUUAGUAGAGCACAACUUAUCUCAUAAGAAGCUCCAACUGCAUGUUUUGGUAGUGGAUGAAGAGAAAGAGACUAUUAUAGCUUUAAGUGUGAACCUAGGUGAAGUUAGAUGAAAACACAUAGAAGGGGGGUUGAAUAUGUGUGUGUGAGUACGAAGGUAUUUUAUAAUCUUUUUUGCAAGAGUAAUGUUCUUCGUCCAAUUUACUUUCAAAUACCAGACGGUUAUGCAGAAUUUGCUUAACACAAGGUCACUGCGUUUGAACGAUUUAU